AUGUCACCCAACACAGAUAUCGACGGACUCUAUGGCCUGACUUCCAAGUGGCCGGUUGCGUAUGAUCUCGCCGGGUCCAGCGCACCGUGCCGACUCGAAGGCGAGAUCGGAGAUCUGAUCGUGUUUGGGAAUAUUCCCCAAGAGAUCGACGGUACCUUCUAUCGAGUCAUGUGCGACCCAUUUGUCCCGCCCCAUCCAGGCAAUGUGCCCAUCGACGGCGAUGGCCACGUCUCGGCUUUUCGUUUCCAUCAGGGCAGAUGUGAUUUCAAGAUGCGCUACGUCGAGACCGAACGAUACAAGCUGGAGAGAAAAGCGAACAAAGCCCUCUUUGGUCUCUACCGCAAUCCUUUUACCCACCACCCCUGCGUGCGGGCGGCCGUGGACUCCACCGCAAACACCAAUCUGGUCCACUGGGCGGGUCGGCUGUUGGCCCUCAAAGAAGUGGCACUGCCCUACGCCGUGGACCCGGACACCCUGGAGACACUCGAGUAUGAUCCGUUCAAGGGCCAGGUGAAGUCCAAGACCUUCACGGCGCACCCAAAGGUGGAUCCGCUGACACACGAGCUGGUGGUGUUCGGCUAUGAGGCCAAAGGUUUGGGGACCAAGGACGUCGUCACCUACGCCUUGGACCGGACUGGGAAGAAGACGAAUGAGCUGUGGCUCCAGGCUCCGUGGUGUGCCUUCAUCCACGAUUGCGCCAUCACCCCGAAUUGGAUUGUGCUGUUCUUGUGGCCGUUUGAGGCCGAUGUGACACGCAUGAAGCGAGGCAAGCAGCAUUGGGCCUGGGACUACGACCUUCCCGCGACCUUCAUCGUCGCCCCGAGGCACGACGACAGCGGCGCCCGGUUCGGGUGGAAGAAAGGCGAGUACCGCACGUACAAAUGGAAGAACUGCAUGGCCAUCCACACUGCGGCGGCGUGGGAGACGCCAGACGGCCACGUCUGCGUCGAGAGCUCGCGCGUGCACGACAAUGCCUUCCCCUUCUUUCCCCCGGAAGAUGGACGCAUGCCGGACCCGCAGACCAAGGCCGACUUUGUCCGCUGGGAGUUCGAUCUCUCCCGACCCGACGGUGCGACGGUGCCGGACCCGCUGGUCGUCCUGGACCUGCCCUCGGAGUUUCCCCGCAUCGACGAGAGAUUCAUGACCCAGCCGUACACGGUGGUGUUUUUGAACGUCUUCGUCCCGACGAACAUGGACGGGUCGCGGAACAUCUUCCACGGGCUCAACGGCCUGGCCAUGCACAACAACAAGACCGGCCAGACGCGGUACUUCUACGCCGGCGAGGACUCGCUGUGCCAGGAGCCCAUCUUCAUCCCGCGCUCGGCCGACGCCCCGGAGGCCGACGGCUGGGUCAUGUGCCUGGUGGAGAGGCGGGGCGCGGGACGCUGCGACGUGGUGAUUCUGGACACGGCCGCCUUCGAGACGCCCAUCGCCGUGGUCCAGCUCCCUUUCCACGUCAAGGCCCAGAUCCACGGCAACUGGGUCGACGCUUCGGCCCUCGCGCCGCGGAAGAGUCUGGUCCGCGAGAUCCCCCCCUUCCAGAUCAGCGGCCAGGGUGCUCUGGAGCCGCUGAUCUAA